AAAGUUACCAUUUCAAAGUAUUGAAAUGCUGCAAAGGACAUGGACGUAUGCCGCCUUAUUUUCCACAUUUCGUACUGACUUUUGCCAUUCAAGGAAAAGCAGAGUUUGAGUGAACUUUCCUGCCAACUUUUGUGUGUCGUAAUCUUCAACAUGUGCGAAUACGUUCAACUGAACCAACAUUGCCAGGUGAAAGUUCAUUUAUGGUGCUUGAUAUCCACUUGAUAUUCUUAAACAAUUUAACAAAUUUUAUAAAGACCACUAAUAUGUUAUUUAUUCUGAUUCAACUGCAGCAGAAACAAAAUCACACAAUAGAAGUUCAUAUAAUAGACAAAAAUGUUAUAUCAAACUGAAUUUCUUUUCCCUGGAAGUGAGGAAGUUAUUGACAAAUAUCAAUAAAAGAAUAUUUUCCGGCUGAAAAUGGUUUACAUAUUGAAAUGAUGUAGCAAUUUAUGACAAAUAUGAGAAUAUACGUGAUUUAUGUGGUGAAAAUAGAUUUGGAAAAUGGUUGUGAAAUUAAAUAUUAAGUGAGGUUAAAUGUAUUAACUCAAUUGCGAAAGUUCAAUACCCAUUUUCUCAUGUCCUGUCUUAAUUUCAAUGGAAAGAGGAACUUAUCCUGUCAAUGCAUAAUUUACGCCACAGAAAGUGCCAGCUCGUUGCCAAUUCCGUAUUAUCUUCUGCAAACGUGAAGUUGUCAUGGUCACAUAAUCUUGCUUCUAUGGACAACUCACAAAAGGAGUAACUUACCAUUGGAAACGAGGAGAAGUUAAAAUUAAAUUUUCAUUUCAAUCAGCUUACAUGUCGGCUCAACUGGAAUCAAAUUGUGAGUCGGCAUUGAAAUUGAACUUGGACCUUUGGAAACGCAAAAAACAAAUAGAAGGUGAAUAUUCAAAUACAAUGUGAAUGGGUGUAUGGUUACAGUGCGAUAUGCCUAAGUACAAUUACACUUGAAGAAAUUUGAGUGCAUUAACUUCAUAGAUUCGAGAUACUUUUAAAAACUAAAACUUAAAUUGUUUUAAAUAUUAUCCGUUAAAGUUUAUGUGCUCUUAGCAAUGGAUUAAAAAUGAGUCUUUACAAUUACUUAUGGCAUAACAACGCUGUUCCGCACUGUAUCGCAAAUUUAUUUAGCAAAUUACUUCUCACAUGGCAUUACAAAUUAAAACCCAAGACAGGUGCUAGGCAAACGAUAGCCUGUGUUGUAAGGCCCGUUGAGAGUCCUAAUGGCUUCUUAAAUUGGAAAUCGAAACCAAAGGAAUGGAGAUAUUUGUCAAAACGUAAUUAAUGUUAACAGGAAAGACCUCUAUUCAAAAUAAGUCUCAGUUUCCGCAAUUCUCGGUACAAUAAGCCAAAGCAUUUCCCCCAUUCGAGUUCCGACUAAAAGCCACAUCCACCCCUUUGCGGCCAGUUAAGCUUGGAUUACGGAUUACGCCGGCAAGCUCGAAAAUAGCCACGGAAAUUCACAGUUCGCUGUCCUUGAACUUGAAAAUCUACAACGCAGCACGAUAAAGGGUGUUCUUACUCUCACAAUAGAAUAUAGGUUAAGCAUUCCUUGUUUAUCCGCCAUUUUGUUGCACGAAGCUCAAGCACUUUAAUAUGUCAAGUUAGGGUUUAAAAAGAUUUAUGCACAAUAACGUCGGAAGACUCGUCAACAAACAAAAGUAUUAAAAGGCUGCCAGGACCAUUAGUCCUGAAAACCCAAAGCCUGCUACGCAAUUCGGCAGCCCAAAAAACAGAAGAUUAUUCCCAUAAUUGACUGUCAGACUGCAUGAGGAUGUAUUAUUGCAAUUUGGGGAAUGAAAAUUGGCUCGAUGAUAAUCAGGAACAGGAAACGAAAUGUGCUCAACACCCGUGAUGUUCGGUCAAGUCAUCACUGGGGUCACUCUAAACUUGAAACGAAUCAUUUUUGGCUGCCAAGAGGAACAAAUAAACAAAGUCCUUAGCAUCCUGUCGAAUUGUCCAACUGACCAACGGCAUCAGACGCCCACUUGUCCCGCUCGUGAUCCCCGAGGCUCUGCCGAUGCUGUCAUUCAUAGACCACUUAAUUCAGGCGCGUCCUGCUGGCCACCCAAAAACCACCCACUGCUUCUCUUCGGAUCGGGAGUCCGGAACCAAUGCGAACUACGCCGAGGCACACGAAGCACGGAGGCUAUAAAAGCAGGUCCACGGAUAACACGAACACAGUCUUCCACGGACUACGGGCGCGUUGAUUUGCCGGCACGGAGCACGGAAAAGCGGAGCAACAAGUUGAACUCUCAGGCUGAGAUAUACGCACACCUGUUGGGAUAAACGAGCCAUGGGAUUUGACUAAACAAAUGACAUCUGCUGUUCGCUGGGGCAUCUAGUGCUUCCGUGACCAUGUGAAAAUCCACGACCAUUAAGUGCUCCAAAGUCAGUUUGAUACAGUGGGGUCGGAUUCUGGAAUUGUCAGUUGCCGUGUCGGUGUCAGUUUCAGUUGCGUGUGAAAUAAAACUUUAUUGCCUUCGAGGAUGCCAGGUCCUUGCGCCUCCGCCGCUGCAUUCUUCUGCAUCCUUGUGCUCCUCCUGUUCGGCUGUCAGCGGAACAAUCCUCUGGCCGCCGGAGCCACCGCCUCCUCCAUGCGCCGACUGUCGGAUACGAUAAAUAUUGGAUUCCUGGCUGAAUAUUCUCAGAUGCGAGUGACGCUGGGCGGACUGCCGCUUGCCAUCGAGGAUGUGAACAAGAAUCCCAACCUAUUGCCGGGCAAGAAGUUGGCUUUCAAACCGGUUGACAUUGGUCACAAGAUGAGCGCGUACCGCGUGAAACCUUUGAGGGCGAUGACACAGAUGCGGGAAGCUGGCGUGACCGCAUUCAUCGGUCCCGACGAGAGCUGCACUACAGAGGCGCUGCUGGCCUCCGCCUGGAACACACCAAUGCUAUCCUUCAAAUGCUCCGAUCCAAUUGUCUCAAACAAAAGUACAUUUCACACCUUUGCAAGAACCUUAGCGCCGGCUUCCAAGGUCUCAAAAAGUGUUAUCAGUCUGUUGAACGCCUUCCAUUGGAAUAAGUUCUCCAUAGUAGUCAGCUCGAAACCGAUUUGGGGCUCGGAUGUAGCCCGUGCCAUUCAGGAAUUGGCGGAAGCAAGGAACUUUACCAUCAGUCACUUUAAAUAUAUUUCGGACUACAUACCAACCACAAAGACACUUUCGCAGAUCGAUAAAAUUAUUGAGGAAACCUAUGCCACAACUCGCAUCUAUGUGUUCAUUGGGGAGCACAUUGCCAUGGUGGACUUUGUGCGAGGACUCCAGAAUCGACGGCUGCUCGAGAGUGGGGACUAUAUCGUGGUUUCCGUGGACGACGAGAUCUACGACUCCAAUCGAAGGGUGAACAUUAUGGAACGUAAUUAUUUAGAUCCUUAUAUUAGAAAAGAAAAGAGCAAAUCGCUGGACAAAAUCUCAUUUCGUUCAGUUAUAAAAAUAAGCAUGACAUAUCCACAAAACCCCCAUAUUCGCGACAUUUGUUCGAAAAUAAAAGAUUAUGCGCGAAAAACUCCAUUUCUGGUGCCAUAUCAUCAACGUGUUUUUGACAACAUAUCGGUCCCCAUAUAUGGCCUACAUCUUUACGACAGUGUUAUGAUCUAUGUUCGAGCUAUAACAGAAGUUUUAAGACUGGGCGGUGAUAUUUACGAUGGAAACCUGGUAAUGAGUCACAUUUUCAACAGGUCCUAUCAUUCCAUACAAGGAUUUGAUGUUUACAUAGACUCUAAUGGCGAUGCUGAGGGUAAUUACACUGUCAUCACUCUGCAAAACGAUAUGGGCAGUGGAACCUCGAUAGGUUCUCUAGCCAAGAUGUCCAUGCAGCCAGUUGGGUUCUUUGCCUACGACAAGAACUCUGUUAUUCCAGAAUUUCGCUACAUAAAGAACGAUAGACCCAUCCAGUGGCUGAAUGGUCGUCCUCCGCUCGCAGAACCCCUAUGUGGUUUUCAUGGCGAACUGUGUCCCCGAAAGAAACUCGACUGGCGGUACCUGGUAUCAGGUCCACUUUGUGCCCUCGUUGUUGUUGUGGCUAUUGCUCUGCUAAUCAAGCAUUACAGGUAUGAACAGACUCUGGCAGGUCUUUUGUGGAAAGUGGACAUGAAGGAUGUGACCGUCAUAAAUCUCGGCGAAUACAACAAUCCCACCAAUAAGAAUAUUUUUCAAAUCUGCCGUCAAAGCAUUUUAGUGGUUGGUGAGCCCAACAAGCGGUCCUUUACAAAUAUAGCUCUAUUUCGUGGCAAUAUUGUGGCCAUGAAAAAGAUACACAAGAAGAGCGUAGACAUUACCCGAUCAAUUCGCAAGGAACUAAAACUGAUGCGAGAGGUGCGACAUGAAAAUAUUAUUAACUUUAUUGGAGCGUCCACGGAUCACGGAUCCGUGAUCAUCUUCACCACUUACUGUGCACGUGGCAGUCUGGAGGACGUGCUGGCCAACGAAGAUUUGCACCUGGACCACAUGUUCAUCUCCUCCCUCGUGUCCGAUAUACUUAAGGGAAUGAUCUACCUGCACGACUCGGAGAUUAUAUCCCAUGGCAACUUGCGUUCCAGCAACUGCCUCAUCGACUCCCGUUGGGUUUGUCAAAUCUCGGACUUUGGACUGCACGAGCUGAAAGCUGGACAAGAAGAGCCCAACAAGAGUGAACUGGAACUGAAACGUGCCCUCUGCAUGGCGCCGGAGCUUUUGAGGGACGCCUACCGACCAGGACGCGGAUCCCAAAAGGGGGACGUCUAUUCCUUUGGCAUUCUGCUCUACGAGAUGAUUGGCCGCAAAGGACCUUGGGGUGACACGGCCUACUCGAAGGAGGAAAUAAUUCAGUUUGUCAAGUGUCCGGAAAUGCUGCAGCACGGAGUAUUCCGACCUGCAUUGACGCACACUCACUUGGACAUUCCGGACUACAUUCGUAAAUGCUUGUGCCAGUGCUGGGAUGAAGAUCCCGAGGUCAGGCCCGAUAUCAGACUGGUUCGCAUGCAUUUGAAGGAGCUUCAGGCUGGCUUAAAACCCAACAUAUUCGACAAUAUGCUAUCGAUAAUGGAGAAAUAUGCUUACAAUCUCGAGGGUUUGGUUCAGGAGCGUACUAACUUGCUGUACGAAGAGAAGAAGAAAACAGAUAUGCUCCUUUAUCAGAUGCUACCAAGACCUGUAGCUGAACUUCUGAAGCGAGGAGAUCCUGUCGAGGCCGAGUGCUUCGACUGUGUCACUAUAUUGUUCAGUGAUAUAGUGGGAUUCACCGAACUCUGCACCACCAGCACUCCCUUUGAGGUGGUGGAGAUGCUGAACGAUUGGUACACCUGUUGCGACUCGAUAAUAUCCAAUUAUGAUGUCUAUAAGGUUGAGACAAUUGGCGAUGCCUAUAUGGUUGUGUCCGGAUUACCACUGCAGAAUGGAAGCCGUCAUGCUGGGGAGAUAGCCUCACUGGCUCUGCAUCUCUUAGAGACGGUGGGAAAUCUGAAGAUCAGGCACAAGCCCACCGAAACAGUUCAGCUACGCAUCGGAGUUCACUCUGGUCCUUGUGCAGCAGGAGUGGUGGGUCAGAAGAUGCCCAGAUACUGCCUAUUCGGGGACACGGUGAACACAGCAAGUCGGAUGGAGAGCACCGGUGACUCCAUGAGAAUUCAUAUAUCCGAAGCCACCUACCAGCUGCUCCAGCUGAUCGGUAGCUAUGUGUGCAUUGAAAGGGGUCUGACCAGCAUAAAGGGCAAAGGCGACAUGCGAACCUAUUGGCUGACCAAACGUCAGCAACCCGAGUUAACGCCGGAUCUGAUUAGCACCGUGGAUACUUUGGACACCUACUGCUCUGGGACGCGAGAGAGCAUGGAGGUCUCAAUACACCAAUAUUGUAGUCCGGCUCCAAAUAACUACAGAUUGGGAUCCUGCAAUUGUGACACCAAGUGUUUAUAUAGCCGUCGAUCGGACGACAAUGUGACUAAUUCACAUGGAACAUCCGAGUUUCCAAAGAUCAGUGAACCCGCGCAGGUCAACUGCAAUCAAUUAUGUGUUUGCCGAUUGAACAGCAGCCAAGUGUUUAAUAAUCGAGGUCCUCGAUCAGCGCCUAGUAUCACAUUUAGACUAUAAGGAUUCAAUUCUAUAUACUUAUCUUUAAGCUCCUUGAUCGAUGUAAAUUACUGGCGUCCAUUGCGGUUUAUGUGUUGCCGAAUUCGCAGCAUCUCUUUUACAAUAUUUUACAUUAUUCCACAAAUUCCAGAAAAAUACUCCAUCAUAACACAUUGCAGUUCAAUUUUUCCGUCCAGUUACAAAGCUUAGUCUUUUAAUUAUUUAUAUUUUACAUCCAAUGAAAUAGGUACUCAGUUCUCCGAAUGGAUUUCUCCCAAUUAACAACAUUUACUAAUAAAAUUAAUUGUAAUUUUA